GGGCGGGUUUGUGCGCUUGUUUGAGGAGGCGGAGCGGCCCGGAGAGGCGGACGUGCUUCUGAAACUGUGGUGCUCUUUGCGUGUCAGAAAACAACACAGGACCAAAUAAGUUAGCCGGCCGUGGUGUGGGCGCCUUGCCCAGUCAUUUAUAAUUUUUACAAGACGUUUGUAGUCCGCGACACCUGAAACGGAGAGGAAGAAGACGCUGGUGCAGGUGGGUCACCUGAUCCCGUGCGAGGGAUUUAGUUUCCUUCUACAUUCCUGAUGGAGUCAUACAGAGCGACUGGCAUUCCUAACAGCAGACCACAGCGAGGCUACACUCAGCCCUCCCGCCCAUCCAGGCCCACCAGUAAUGGAGCUGGUACAUAUGGUCUCAGCAUCCGAGUCCAGGGUAUAGACGGACACCCCUAUGUCGUUCUCAACAAUCAGGACAGGGGUCCUCAAUCCUAUAUUGACCCUAACAGUAAUGGGUACAUUGACACAGAGGGCUCUUUUAUUGAGAAUCACCAGGAGUAUGAUUUUAGAAGAGGUGAGGAGGCUGGAUCCAACAGCCCCUUCAUGGAGUACAGGUCUCAGAUGAUGAUGCACUUCAGUGGUCCCCAAAAUGGUGUUGCAGAUUCCCAAGGAAAGAAGUUGUCCACCCUUCUGAACUUUCAGAAGCACCCUGAAAUACUGCAGCCAUAUGAUCCAGAGACCAACUCCCUCAAUCUUAAAGGUUUCCGCAGCUUGCCUUCAAGGCCUAUGGCUGAGACUGGGAACCAGCAACAGAGUUCCACCUCUAGAUCUACAGUGCCUGCAAUGUCCCAUGUUAGGUCAUCAAGCCUGGACCGGAAUAGAGCACUAGCACAGCAAGAAAAAAGGCAGCUUCCAUCCCAGAGCCUGCAUGAGACAGCCCUUCCUCAGCAAAAAUCACAGCCUCACUCUGCGCCUCAGACCAAGCUGCAGUCACAAAUGACUCAGCCACAGAUCAAACCUAGUCUCACCAACAUGAAUCCACCUCAGUCCAAGCCACUCUCUCAAACUCAGCACCAACCAGUGCCUCCAGCCCAGGCUCAGCUCUCCGCUAUGUCAAGUCCCACGAGUGAGCAGAGCAAGACAUCAUUCAGAUCCCCCACUUUCAUGAGCAGUGCCAACUCCAACCUUGAUCGCACCCACCAAGAUCCUGAUGUCCUUCCUCUGUGCAGGACUGACUCUAGUGGACCAGUUCUUCAGUCCUCUUCCCGCUCCCGCCACUCCUCCUCCCCUUCGGUCUCUAAGGCACUGGUGGAUGAACAGAUGGAGGCCCUGUAUGGAGACUCCAUCAACCGUCAUGAGAACCGCCGCUACAUCCCUUUCCUCCCCGGGUCAGGCAGAGACAUUGACACAGGCUCCAUUCCUGGUGUUGAUGAGCUCAUUGAGAAGUUUGAUGGCAAAGAUGGCAGCCACCAGCGCAGGGGUAGAGCAGGGCGCAGAAACAGGAUUCAUCCAGAGGACAGGAGACGCUCACGCAGUGUGGAUAGUGCCUUCAGCCAGCGAGACAGCUCUGGCUACAUGGAUGAGUUUAGCCGCUAUCGAGGCACGUCAAUGGAGCAUGUCCUACGGCCCUCACAGCUACGACCGCAGAGAACUGCAGGCAGUCAGGACUCUUGGCUCAUGGGUGUAGAUGGUAAGGUCGAUUCCAGCACUUCAUCUCAUGUCACCAGCGCGCCUGUCUCCCCCCAAAGCACCAUCUCUAAUAGUGUCGGCUCCAUCCAGGGUUACAAAAAGGCUCAGUCUUCUUCACUGUCAUUCAAGAGUAGAGAGAGUGAGGACAGUGCCUCUUCAGCUGUAAAGAUAACAUCGCUGUCAACAUCACUAUCAAAGCCUGCUGCUGCUGUGGCCAAAAAGCCCACUACAGAGGCAGAUGUACAGGUGACACCUGAUCUGCUGAAAGGUCAGCAAGAACUUUCACAACAAACACAUGAAGAGACGGCAAAACAAAUUUUGUUCAAUUACCUUAAGGAUGGAAGCAAUGACAAUGAUGAAACAACAAAGAGAAAGGUCAACCUUGUUUUUGAGAAGAUACAGACACUGAAGUCUCGAGCCACGGCGAGUGCUCAAGGCGACACCAAAUCCCUGGACCUUGCUGCACAGACCAAAGCUCUGCAGGAGCAAAACACUAAACUGGAGAAAGAAGUGGCCGAAGUGAAGAGACAACUUGAGGAACAAACCAGGAGGAAUCAGGGUGACAGGAGGAUGGCAGCAGGUCUGAAGGAGCUGCAGCAGGAGCUGGAGCGGAGUGUAGAGGAGUGCAAGCGACUGAAGGAAAAACUGGCCAAAACGGAGGGCGAGCUGCAGAACACGGUGGAAGAGCUGUUUCAGGUGAAGAUGGAGAGGGAACAGUACCAGACAGAGAUCAGAGACCUGCAGGACCAGCUGUCAGAGAUGCAUGAUGAGCUUGACUCAGCCAAGACGUCAGCUGCUGAUGGAGAGAAAGACAUCAUUAUGGCGGACAUGAUGCAUCUGAAGGUGGAGAUGCAGGAAGUUCUCCUGGCCAAGGAGGAUCAGGAGGAAAUGCUGAGGAGGCGAGAGAGGGAGUUGACAGCUCUGAAAGGAGCCUUGAAGGAGGAAGUGGCCGCUCACGAUCAGGAGGUGGACAAGAUGAAGGAGCAGUAUGAGAAGGAAAUAAGCAAGCUGCAGAUGUCUUUGGAGGAGUCCAAGCAGAGCAGCACAGCAGUGGUCCUUGAGAAGGCCGAAGUGGAGGCAGCCAAGGGUGCAGUGGAGAGCCAGGCAGGACGGCUGACCCAAGAGGCAGAGCGGCUGCGCAGGCGGGCACAGGAACUGGAAAAUGAGGUGGCCAAACUCAACCGCAUCAUUGAUGAGGCCAAGCUGCAGGAGAGCAGGCUGGGAGACAGAGUUGGCCGGCUGGAGAAAGAGAAAAAGCAGUUGGAAGAGUCUUUGGCAGAAAUUAAGGAGCAAGAAGAGGAGAUGUCACGUGCCAACCGAGCAUUGACCAUCCGGCUGGAGGAUGUGCAGAGGAACUUGACCAGGCUGAACUCUGAACACAAGGAGCUAGAGGAGAGGUUACAAGAAGAGAGGGCUCAGAAGGAGCAGUUCAAAAACAUGAAGAACAACAUAGAGGAUGAGAGAAGACUGCUAGACCAUACAGUGGAAAAACUUCAGAGGGAGAUGAGUGAUAUUGUGGAGGCGUCCCAGUCGUCCACUCGGGAGCUGCAGGAGCAGAUUAAUAUUUAUAAGGAGAAGAACCGUAAGGAGCUGACAGAGCUGCAGAAAGUUCUGAAGGAGCGAGGACAAGAGCUGGAAAAAUGCUUCCUGGCUUCCAAAACCCUGCAGGAAGAGUUGUCACGCCGGGAGGAGGAUCUGCAGCACUGUCAGAGGGAACGGGACGAAGCUGUGCUCAAGGAGAAGACGCUGGAGAAAAAAGUGCAUGAUCUGGAGGUGGAGGUGGAGACAAACGCCAAUAAUAGAGAAGACAAAUCCCGACAAAUCAAACUCAUGCAGGACAGGAUUGUUCAGCUGGAGUUGAACCUGGAUGAGGAGCGUCAGAAUGGAGACCAGCUGAUGGACAGGAUAGACCGAGGAAGAGAACAGGUGGAGCAGAUGAGGAAUGAACUCCUGCAGGAGAGGGCUAGCAGACAGGACCUGGAGUGUGACAAGGUGGCUCUGGAGAGACAGAAUAAAGACCUGAAGAGCAGAGUGACUCAUCUAGAGGGCUCCCAGAAGUCCAACAAAGAGGGCUUGGUAACCCAGCUGGAGGAUCGCAUACAGGAGAUGGAGGAGAGGCUGGAGGCGGACGAAAGGGAGCGUGCCAACCUGCAGCUGGUGAACCGCCGCUUAGAAAGAAAGGUAAAAGACAUAAUGAUGCAACUUGAAGAAGAACAUCACUCAAUGCAAGAUCAAAAGGACCAAUUGAAUCUGCGCCUAAAGGCCUUGAAGAGGCAGAUGGAUGAGGCUGAGGAGGAGAUCGACCGACUGGAGCAUAGCAAGAAGAAGCUGGAGAGAGACCUGGAUGAAUCACAGGAGGCCAACGAGCAGCUCCAGAGCCAGCUCAAAGCUCUGCGUACUGAGAUCAGGCGUAAGAACACCUCUGCUCCGCUGGUCACCAACCUGGAAGAUGACGACGAUGACAUCAGCACUGAUGGAGAGGCGUACUUCAGCUCAUCAUUGGGGUAUAAGCGCUCCUCAAGUCAGGACAAUGUCUUGUCCACCUUCACUUUGUAAAUAAACCCAGUGGUCAAGAAUAAAGCUGCUUUAUAUGCGUCACUGUUGGUCCAGAUGGGUGAAGAAAAACUCCAGAUAUUACACACAUACAUCUGUGUGAAUAUUCAGAGACUUUCCAGCUAAGUGAGAUAAUUAGAAAUAUUUUGUGGAAAUCCAAACUUCAGCAGAGUUCAUAUAAUUCUCCUGGAUAUUAAGUGUGGGUACAAUCUGGAUGUGGAUAAAUCUACUCAGUAUUAUUUGAGCAGCUCUGAGAUUAAUGGAUGAAGUCAUGAAAGUUUUUAUGCUUUAGCCUGUUCUGUAGAAAUGAAAUGUAUAUACUGUUUAAUUAGCAAUUUUACAUUCCCACAUGAAGUCUUACCUGUCCAUGAUUGUCGGUUCUAUUUUGAGUGGACUUCCCUUUAACACAUGGAUUACAGAUGCUUGUCAGUGAUUGAAAACUCUUUAAUGCACUGUACCACAUUGCAACCAGUCCUGCCUUUGUGAACAGUAUGAAGUUAUAAUGCCAUGCUUUUUUACGCCUGUCAAAUAUGUAACAUUUAUAUAGUGAGUAUGAAAUUUUGUGUCCUUCACUUAAAUAUACUUUACUUUUUUAAUGAAUGAAGAUCAAAUCCAAAUAUAUGAAGUGAUGAGUGCCAGGUUUUUUUUUUUUAUUUAUUCGUGGUUGAAUAUACAAACUGUGGGCCCAGUGAUUUGUUUGGGGAACAAUAAAUGAGGGCGUUUGUGUUUAUACAGUUUCAUAUUACUUUAUUACCAUUAACACUGUAAAUCGAUUUAACUGUUACCAAAAGAAAGCUUUUGUAACUCACCACACAUGCUACUCCUAUUACUAGCGACGGCACAGUAUUGCUUAAACAUCCAUGGGAAAAAAGCAGCUUCGUGCCAAACAGUGAUUCUUGAUUCAGAGUCAACAUUUAUCAGUUACUGAACAAAGUCAAAAAUAUCAAAACCAUGUCAUCUCAGAAAGAAUUUUGAUACUGGAAAGACUGAUUUAACGUCUCUCUUGUCCUGAAUGAGGGCAGUGUUAGUACUGAGCAUAAUGCAAGUCUUUUUGUUUAACCUCAUACAUUGUUUGAAUUAUGUCACUGUGUACAUAAGGCCUUAUGGAUCCUGUUAAAGAACAUAUGUGGACCUCCCCAGUUUUUCCUUUUACCAAAUGAGGGAAAUUCUGAACUGACAAUCGAUGUUUUUCUACACUGUGAUGAUUUGCGCUCUUUGCUGGCUGAGGCCUGUGGAGGGGUAGAGUUACCUCUCUCUACACAUUUUUAUGUUUGUAAAUCCUGCUGAGACUAAAAUAAAGUUACUUCAUUCAC